CUCCCUUAUAUCAUUUCCCAGUUCUCACUCUGUUAAUUAUUCUCCGUUAAGAUUUCUUCUCAUCUCGUUCUUAUCCCAAACUCAUAACCACUCCUUCUUAUAAAUCACCUUUUCUCUCAGAUCCAGACAUGGCGGAAGAGCACCGAUGCCAAGCGCCCGAAGGACACAGGCUCUGCGCCAACAACUGCGGCUUCUUCGGCAGCCCAGCCACCAUGGAUCUCUGUUCCAAAUGCUACAGAGAUAUCCGUUUGAAGGAACAAGAGCAAGCCAAAACCAAAUCCACCAUCGAAGCCGCUCUAUCCUCUUCCGUCGCGGCCUCUGCGGUCGCGCAAUCCGCUGUUGAAUCUCUCCCUCAACCUCCGGCGUUGGCAUCGCCGGCGGCCUCGCCCGAUCCAUCGGACUCUGCUCCAGCGGUUCAGACGAACCGGUGCGGCACGUGUCGGAAGCGCGUGGGGUUGACCGGGUUCAAGUGCAGGUGUGGAACGACGUUUUGUGGGACCCAUAGGUAUCCGGAGAAACACGCGUGUGGCUUCGAUUUCAAGGCGGUGGGAAGAGAAGAGAUCGCACGAGCGAAUCCCGUGAUCAAAGCGGAAAAGCUAGAAAAGAUUUAAAUUAAUCAGAGCCGUUGGAUUGGAUGAGUUGAUCAGGAGCGUCCGUUGUGGACACUUGAUACGCGUCGAGCGAUCAUGCAUAAAAAAUCUAUCUAUUAUUAUGGGACCACACUGGAAAAGGUUGAAUAAGUCAUGCUUACGUGGCUUUGCUUUGUAUUCAUAAAAGAAAAAGAAAAAAGGAAUUUUCCUUUGGUGGAUGAUGGAACAGAAAUUGUGGGUGCACCCUCGUUCAGAUAUUGAAGGGUGGUUGAAACGCGUUUCUGGUGCUUUCACUUUUUGUAAAAUGGGAAA